AGAAGGACUUCUUGACUCUACUUUUGGAUGCUCGCUCGCACGUUUUUUUCUUGAAGUGCUUUUUCCUGAUGUGCCGUCUUGUUUCUUUAUAUAUCCAUAUCGUUGCAUGAUCAACGAACACAGCACAUCCAAUUUCAAACCAUACAAGUAACAAGACAGAAUCAGUUUUCUCGACCCAUCGACAUCGUAAACAAAAUGAACCCAGCCACCCGCCGCCAGCAAGGCGGCUGGAUGAAGCCGGCAACUACCUCGCACUAUGGCAUGAGCAUGACAAACGCCGGCAACAGGAGCAGCCAGUCGUGGACCAAUUUUCCGCCGAUGGGUGCGAGGAGUGCAGCUUCUAUCGCGAAUGGUGCUGAUGUUUCGUAUUCGUCCGCACACCAGCACCAUCAAAUGCUCACCCCUUCGUCCGGUUCUACUUCCACCUCCAGCAAGACUUUUCUCGCCUCCCACAUUGCAGCGACGAAUUCCGUGCGCCGCCUCCCGGGCACCGGCCGCGGGCCGGGGCAGCCGGGCCUGAAGGCGAAUUCGGUCGAGGCGGUCCUGGCGCAACGGUCCGCGGUGGCCAUGUCCUCGACCGGGACGGAUUUCAUGCGGAGCAGCAAGCACAGCGUGAAGGCGACGAAGCAAGACCUGAAAAAUUCGCUGACGAAAUUAGUGCGGACGACGGCGACGCAGGUGUUGACCGGGAAUAGUAAUAGCGGCAUAUUAGGCUCGGCCUCAGGUGGAACUGGUGCCGGGCCGUUGACAUCGUCUACUUCGUCCGCUGUUGGGAUAGCCGCUAUUGAUGGCAGUACUACCAUGAUCACCAGCCCGGUGAAACCAAAAGAGCCACAGAUUCUUUUCACGCAGGAAACCGCUGGGCCCUUGCGCACUCCGGACACGACGGCGAGUGGUGGUGGACCACAGGCACAGCGGCUCGGUGCAUCCUCAAAAUUAUUUGCGGCACACCAGAUGGAGAUGAAAGAGAAAGAAGGAAGACAAGCUGUAGAGAUGACAGCUGCAGCAGCGGGGGCAUCAAGAUCUGAACAGGUGGGGAACAGGAAUUACAUCAAAGAAGACGCUCUGAUAUCAUCCUCUCGACAGCUUAUGGCGUCGUCGUCAUCGUCCUCGUCUGACGAGGAGGUGCCGGUGAGUUUCGACGAGAAUUCAUUCUCUAGUUCGACCACAGCGACUGUUGGUGUUGCAGCAGGUUCCAGUUUAACAGCUGGUCCGCGACGUGCGUCAGGUGCUGGUGGCUCAACAUCUUCCAGCUCCUCAUCUUCCUUCUCAGGUGCAGGAGCUUCCGAGGGCACUGGUGGCACGAACACGAGCAAAAAGAAAAACGCGAUGAAAUCUUCCUACACCUCCGCGUUGAAACCGGAUGAUUCCGUCGGAAUCAUGCUAAACGCGCUACAGUCCACACGACAGCCAAAAACGACGAGUGCAGUUUCUAUCCCGCAUGAGCAGAAGGAGAGGAGAAGCGCCCACGAUCCUCCGCCUCCUCUUGAACUGGAUCUGAAAAUCGUGGACCCACGAAACAAAGCACAGGACAAUAUUGAAGCAGAUCAUUUUCAAGUACAGGUAGAGCAGCCAAAAGCCGUACUAAAACCCCCCGAGCCUGCUGCGACCUCCCCCCUGCCCCUGACUAAACCGUCCCCCGCCCCCUCCCCUUUGACUUCCUCGAGCAAUAAAUAUCCAAGAAAAAAACUGUAUUAGUGUAACUCUCUUUGGCUGACAGCAUCACAAAUUUGCUCUACAUGACAGAGACAACCUGUCAUGUGUAGCUUGUAAGGGAAAACACAAGUGAAAAGAGGACUUCAUAGUUGUCUGGCAUGACAGGUGUAGCUCUGUUGCAUGUUCUGCAUGACAGAGUUACACUUACACAGUUUUUUUCUUGCAUAAUAAACACGCGUCGACCAGUGUGGAUUUCUGGCGUGGCGGGGCGAACGCGCCGGCGCAAAACCCGAAAAUUGAAGAAGACGAGGCGGUAGGAAUUGCAAAAGUAUCGUACUAGUGGUAAAAACUGCAAGCAACACAUAUUAGCUUGGCUGGACAAAUGGAGUUUGUCUUGCUAAUUUGAAUUGGAAGAGGAAGACCAGUAGAGAUUUGUCUUGCAUGCUUGCGAUAUAGUACUACAAGUGCUAUACUUUUGCGCAGGAUAGGCAGAAAGGAUACGAAGGGCGAAAGAGGCGCUGACCAUGUCUUCCACCGGGACUCAGUUCUUCCGCAAGGCCAAACAGCCCAUGUUUCCCCAGAAAACGCACAAACCCCCGGAGUGGCGAAUGCGCAACAGUGUGGGGGAGGUGUCGCCGGAGCACAUGAAGAGAACGAGUGUGGGCAGUCAAAUGCAGUCGCCACCAGGGUUUUUGUUGAACACCUCAGACGACGUCUACGUGGCGAAUUACACCAAUAUGGCGAUAAAGCGACCGGUACAGGAAUAGAACGACCUAGACGAGGAUGAAGUUUAAGUUUUUUUGAUUGCCAUUUCUAAUGAUAUACAUAGAAGUUGUGUCUGCUUAUGUUGUGUUAUUCGGCAAUCUGAAAUAGAGUGCUUUGAAGAUGCGAUGCCGAUGCAGCUUUGAUCCGCAGCAACAUGGAUACUUAUAUUCAAGAACCCUCUCCACAGCCCAGCAAAGAGCGCACGCAGACGGAGUUUGCGCCGAUGCAAGUGGCCACUAUCGACACUUCUGCCGCCAAACACAAACCUACCUCCAUCGACAAAACCCUCCACCCGUCGAGGGGGGGCACCACGGGUCCGCCGAAGAGCAACCGCGGAACACAGUGCACGAUCUUACCGGAAAAGGAAGGGCCAAAACCGGUGCUAAGGAACCAGAUCACGCAGUACGACCCUGCAUUUUUGCACACGAGAACCAUCGAAACCCAGGCGGACAUCGACAUCCGGCCGUUGCAGAUUGAGAAGGGGUGCCAAUUUCCAGAGGAGGAAGAAGACUAUUUGGAAGUACCGAUGGACCUACACAACAACAUGGUGGACGAAAUCACGCAGACCGCACCGCUCCCGACCGACACCGUGGCCACGCAGACGAUUGACGAGAACGUGAUGCAGCAGGACUUGCAAGCAAAGUAUGACGCGCUGUUUGAGAAGUACAAGCUGGAGCGAAAUCUGCGGAUCCUGGAAAAAGCGAAAUUGGAAGCACGGGUAGCUGCAUUGGAGAAGGUACUGGUAGUUAUUAUAGUUGUACUCAAGCAAUGGUAAUGAAAAUGAAUGCGAUUUCGAUUCGAAUGGAAUUCAAAUUUUUGCUCAUACAAAUCUUUCGCUUUCAUUGCGAGCCCCGCAUGACACGACUACCAAGUCGCGCAUCGAAGAAGAAGAAUCCAAACCAGCAAUAUCAAUAUGACAACAACAUUGUCAGGGGGAGCAUCAGGAGCUUUUGAAGAUCGAGGAGAAGCUGAAGAUUCUGGUGUCCGCACCGACCGUCUCGGUCCAAUUUAUAUCAAAUGUAAAAAUCCCUGGAUGUCUGGAAACUUGUGAUGCUGGGUGGCGUCUCAUGGUGAGGCUACAAAUGCUGGCUCAGCAUGACAAGUUUCUGAGUUCCUAGGUGUUGCCUAUUCUGCAUGACAAACUGCGCUUCUGCAUCACAGAAAAGCGGAGCUCUUGCUGGGUAACGUGCAUGACAGAUUUAAGAGUCUGUCAUGCCAGACAAGCAUGACAAACAUGAAUUCUUCCAGACCCAGACAUUUUUACAGUUGAUAAUUUGGCACGAAAAACCAAGUGGAGGUGAAGCCGAAGAUCCCAUUGCACUUGAUCGAGGAGAGUGUGAAGACGGAUAUUCUACCGCACUACACGAAAAUCCUCCCCGUGACGGUGGUCAACGGGCAAAAAAUGGUGUUCGACGAAACGGUGGAGAACCACGUGCAGUAUCAAAUGCAAAAAUGUCUGGGUCUGGAAGAAUGCAAGAUUUGUCAUGCAUAUUUCUCAUGGUCAUCCAUGACCCAUGAUGCCUGUAAUGCUUGAACUAGCAUCGCAGAUUUUUAGACGGUUUCCUGAUGCACCUUCAGCAUGAGAAAUGGCCUGUCUGUGUAGCAAAAACUGUACCCAUCUUGCUGGUCAUGCAAUACAAACAUUUUUAGAGUCGAAAAACAGCAUGACAAGUUGCAAUCUUCCAGACCCAGACACUUUUGCAGUUGAUAUGCGGAAGCAGUGCACGAAAAUCGUGCAGCACAUCACGGCAAAAGUGGAGAAAAUGUUUCCGGUAGCGAAGGUCACGAAUGUGAUGAGUACUUAGAAGUUGUUGUACUUCGCUCCUGUUGCAUGUAUGAUCCCGUAUCUAUUUGAUUACGUAGCUGUUGUUGUAGUAUGCAUGUAAGAAGGUGUAGCUGCCCCCGAUAGCAUUCCGCUGUCGCCCCGCGGAAUGCUAAUGCAGCUUGUAUUUGUUCCCUUUUGCGACAGCCCUUAGUCUUACUGACAUUCACAACAUUGUUGCAAAGCCACCGUAGUGAGCAGCACAUGAAAAUAGCGAUCAUGUUUGGACGCCCAGGAUUAUACUUUGAAACACAGCUUCCUGGUGAAGAUCCUGAUUUAGGUACUACCGUAGCAGGACGAGCAUGUGCGAAGAAGUUGAU